UCUUGGUCUCCUGUGUGCAGUGUAAGAGCAGGUACCUUUUCAUCCUGGAAUUUGGAUCAUCGCUUGUCGGACAAUGAAUAACUGUGUUCUUCUGGAAGAAGAAAUGAUUAAAAAAUCUCAGCAAAAGAGAAGGACCUCCCCCUCCAACUUUAAAGUUCGAUUCUUCGUCUUAACAAAAUCAAGACUGACCUAUUUUGAACGUCGGCCUGGGAAGAAAAGAAUUCUAAAGGGUUCAGUUGAACUAUCCAAGAUUAAAUGUGUAGAACUUGUGAAAAGUGACAUCCCAGUUCCAUGUCACUAUAAAUAUCCUUUCCAGAUUUUUCAUGACAGCUAUAUGCUCUACAUCUUCGCUCCCAACCUAGCAAGCUGCCAGAAAUGGGUCUGGACUCUGAAAGAAGAAAUUAGGAACAACACCACUUUGGUAUCAAAGUUUCACCCAAAUUUCUGGAUAGAUGGACGAUGGAGAUGUUGUGCUCAGCUAGAAAAGAUGGCAACAGGCUGUGUGGAGUAUAUUCCAGCCAAGACUGUCUCCAAUAAACCUCUUCCACUUACUCCAGAGAAUAGCAUGAAAUCAUUACUAGACACCAAGGAAUCUUCAGUAGUUGCCAUUUAUGAUUAUAUUGCUCAGAAUCCUCAGGAGCUGACAUUACGACGCAAUGAAGAAUAUUGUGUUAUUGAUAACUCCGAAGUCCAUUGGUGGUUGGUUCAGGAUAAGAAUGGUCAUGAAGGAUAUGUGCCAAGCAGCUACAUAGUAGAAAAAUCACCAGAUAAUCUUCAAAUAUAUGAGUGGUACAACAAGAAUAUCAACAGAACCAAAGCAGAAACAUUGCUCAGGGAAGAGGAUAAAGAAGGAGCUUUCAUGGUGAGAGACUCAAGGCAGCCUGGCACCUAUACAGUCUCUGUUUUCACAAAAGCAUUGAACAAUGACAAUAGCCCAGUUAUAAAACACUAUCACAUCAAGGAGACCAGUGACAAACCCAAGAGGUAUUACUUGGCAGAGAAACAUGUUUUUGAUUGUAUCCCAGAAUUAAUCCAUUAUCAUCAGUACAAUGCAGGAGGUCUUGUUACUCGGUUGAGAUAUGCUGUCUCCUCCUGGAGAGAAAAAGCUCCUGUUACAGCUCAAUUAAGUUAUGGCAAAUGGAUUAUUAAUCCUCAAGAACUAACAUUUGAGCAGGAGAUUGGAGUUGGCGAGUUUGGGGUGGUUCAUCUUGGCUAUUGGCUUGAUCGGAUGAAAGUGGCCAUAAAGACAAUUCGCACAGGAGCAAUGUCAGAAGAAGACUUUAUUGAAGAGGCCCAAGUCAUGAUGAAACUAUCUCAUCCCAAAUUAGUCCAGCUACAUGGGGUAUGCAUACAAAAUUCUCCUAUAAGCCUAGUAUUUGAGUUCAUGGAGUUUGGAUGUUUAUCUGAUUAUCUGAAGAAGCGACGUGGAAGCUUAUCAAAGGAAGAACUCCUUGGAAUGUGUCAAGAUGUGUGUGAUGGAAUGGCUUAUCUGGAGGAGGCAUCUGUCAUUCAUAGAGAUCUGGCUGCUCGGAACUGUUUGGUAGGAGAAUUUCAAGUUGUCAAAGUAUCAGAUUUUGGAAUGUCACGGUAUGUUCUUGAUGAUCAAUAUACCAGCUCCAUGGGUACUAAAUUCCCCAUCAGGUGGUCAGCACCAGAGGUUUUUUCCUAUAACCGCUAUAGUACCAAGUCUGAUGUAUGGUCAUUUGGAGUAUUGAUGUGGGAGGUAUUCACUGAAGGCAAAACUCCUUAUGAGAAUCGGACAAACGCUGAGGUGGUAGAAGAAGUCAGUGCUGGCCUCCGUUUGUAUAAACCCAGGCUUGCUUCAAAUGCCAUUUAUAAACUUAUGCAACGUUGUUGGAAUGAGAAGCAAAAUGACAGACCAGCGUUCUCCCAGCUGCUCUACCAUCUCAAUGAAAUUUCUGAAUCUGUCCUUUAAGGAUUAAUGGAUUUGAGAAGAUACAAAAAACAUACAUUUUUGUAAUAAUUAAGCAGAUAUAUUCAUUAUCUAUAUCUCGAAGGAGUAACCAAGCUGCAACUGAAAUACCAAGAAGACUCUUGGCCUUCUGAAAGAGUUGUGAACCAAGCAAGUGGAUAGUACAAGAUACAGAAUUGUAACUAGUAGCCUGAUAUGCUGUUCCAGAAACUAUUUCCAUUUAAAAUAAUGGAAUUAUGAUGAUAGAGAUGAUAACGAUAACAAUAGCAGUACAUAAGCUAAAGAGAUCUGUUAGAGCUUAACAUAUGAAAAUGUUUCAUGAAACUGAAACAGAUCCUCCAGCUUGCUUAAAGCUGAAAGAAAAUAUUCAUCAUAUUUGUAAAUGAACAAGUUCAACAGCAAAUUGAAUGGAUUAACUGGUGAGACAGAACACAACAAAGAUAGGAAGGUUUAGAAUGUGGGUUAUUUGUUCUGAAACUUAAGGAGUAUAACAUUUGCUUCAAGCUGUAACUAAUACAUUGAAGGAGGGAAUAUGGGGUAGACACUCUUAGAUCUUCACCCUAAUUUGGGUGUGGUGAAAUAAAUUAUUUAGGCUUUGCAUCAG